GAAGCUUAAAUGAAGAUGAGCGAAACCCAUAACUUCAUGGAACAAGUGCAUUUUAAGGAAGAGUUUGACAUAAGAAUAGCUCAAUAUAAUUGUCAAACUCAGAUUGAUUUGCCAUCCAGGAUUAAUCAGAGGGAAAGGCAAAAGCCAAAGGAACACAGAGGGAGAAACUGGGGAAAAGGGCAUAUUUCUAGCUGCAAAUGAAAAUACUUACAGGAGCUUAUGGAAAAUACUUCUGGGAAAAAGAAUAGCUUUAAAGGAAGUGUAAUGAAAUGUGAUCUGUCAAGGAGUUUCAAGGGAUGAAUUUUAAAGUGUUCCUAAGAGUGCUAGGAGAUGAAGAUUGAAAGCUGCAAGAGCUUCAAAACAGACAAGAAAUUAUUUUGGACGCAACCCCAGGUGCAAAGGAACUGUUUCCCCUCUACAUUUCUAAUCUCCCCAUGUCCUGGUGAUAAUAACAUAUUGAACCAGGAGUGUCAGGCAUUUCCACAUGGAUGAACAAUGCCAACCUCUACCAGGCAAUUAAUUUUUUCUUUCUAACAACUUCCCCUUUUUGUUUUAACUUAAAAGAUUUUGCCAGCGUCCUCACAAUCAAAUUCUGACAUGGUGGCCUAUUCUCAGCCAUUGAAUGACUCCUGUUCUAAUAGCUCAGAUCCCUUAUUCACUGGCCUGGAUCUCCUCUUUGAGCUGAAGCCCCUUUUCGUUCCUCUGUAUGCCCUGUUGGUGAUAGUUGCCUGCACUGGGAAUCUCCUUCUCCUCUUUCUCAUCAGCUUCACCAAAAAGCUGCAUAGCACUACUAAUUUCCUUAUUGGGAACUUGGCAGCUGCUGAUCUGAUUAUGUGCAUUUUCUGUGUUCCGCUGACAGCCAUGUAUGCCUUUGAAAGCCGUGGGUGGCUUUUUGGGGUGUUCAUGUGCUACUUUGUCACCCUUAUGCAAGGGGCUACCGUAUUUGUGUCAGUCCUGUCACUCACAGCCAUUGCCGUUGAUCGAUACAUUGUGAUUGCGUACCCCAUUCGCCAAAGGGUGAGAUGCAAGUCCUGUGUCUAUAUUGUGGCUGCUAUUUGGCUCCUGUCUCUUGUGAUCUCUCUACCUACCUACUUACAUACCCAUUACCUGGAUCUUAACAGCAUUGGCCAUGACAUGAUCAUCUGCGAAGAAAUCUGGCUGCACCGUAAGAUGGAGAGACAGCUGUACUCUUGCCUAAUGCUCCUCCUGUCUUACAUGCUCCCACUUUCUGCCGUGUUGGUCUCUUACUGUGCCAUUUCUUAUCGUCUCCAGAAGAGAAACAUCCCAGGAGCCAUUCGCCACAACCAAGAAACAUGGACUAAAAAAAAAGAAAAGACCUUCCAGAUCCUGGUGAUUUCGGUCCUGUGUUUUGCUCUUUGCUGGCUCCCUCUACAGGUGGUUAAUUUGAUUAGAGAUAUUGAUGAAGAGUUUGCUAUCCUAAACAAGCGAUAUGUGAACGUCAUCCAGGUUUCAUGCCAUGUAACUGCCAUGAGUUCAGCCUGUUUCAAUCCUUUCAUUUAUGCUUCCCUCCAUGAGAAAUUCCGAUUCCAUAUUGGGAACUAUUUUUAUCACAGAAAGAAAUCAAGCCUCAUAUCCCACAAGGCCUCACGGCUAAAUACCUUCUCUAUUUUGGCAGACAAUAACCUUGUUGGGGUCUCAGAAAAAAUUGCACUGCAAACAGAACCCAAACAUCAUUUCUUUGGGCCAAUGCAAAGAAACUUAUAACAUGGCUGUCUUCUCAUCGCCACCAGAAGACUGGGUCCCAGCUUUUCCCAUAUAAUCCUAUGAUCCAUGACAAAAGGCACGAUAAAGGAAGGACAGCAGAGGUUUUCUCUACUUUUUUCCUGAGGACAUCAACUGAGAAAUAAGCAGUUCUGUCUUCUACCUUCAUUCAAAAUCAAUAUUUGGAUAUAUUGCAUGCAUGUUGAUUUAUGUAGUGGAACAGUAUAUAUUUUGAACACCAAAUGUAAGUGUCAGGUUAGAAUUGGCUUGUAUUCAGUUACUUUGUUCUGUAUUCUUUCUUUGUCUUUUGGCU